CUUCGCUCUGGGGGCGGAAGUGACGUUCCUGUCGCGCUGAAUUGACGUCAUCCUAGGCAGAAUUUGGUGACAGAAGACACAGAGUAUAUCAGAGUAUUGAAAUGGUUAUACAGAAUGGAGCCAGCUGCGAGUCACAGUUGUCACCUUCUCCAGCAGCUUCAUGAGCAGCGUAUCCAAGGACUGCUGUGUGACUGCAUGCUGGUGGUGAAAGGCGUCUGCUUCAAGGCUCACAAGAAUGUGCUUGCUGCUUUCAGCCAGUAUUUUCGAUCUCUCUUUCAGAACUCUUCAAACCAGAAAAAUGACGUCUUUCAUUUAAACAUUAAGAACAUUGGCGGUAUAGGUCAGAUUUUGGACUUCAUGUAUACCUCUCACCUGGACCUAAACAAUGAUAACAUUCAAGUUAUGUUGGACAUUGCACAAUGUCUUCAGGUCCAAAACGUCUUAAACCUGUGUUACAGCUUCUUAAAGCUGACCACAAAUGUCGAUCCUGUCCCUUCCAUGCCAUGUAACAGUUCUCUACCUCUCCAGGGCACUUAUACCACAUUUAAUAAUCCGAUUUCCAAUGAUCAUCUUAACACAUCGCUCCUGGAGGAGCCCAUAACAGAUGAGAGACCACCACAGGCCGAUAAAGGGAACACUUCUUCUAGUGACGUAUCCAAGAACGUGCCGGCUUCCUUCAACCCCAGUAACAAGGAGAGUCAUUUAAAGCAGUUCGGGCAACCUUAUAAGUUACGGGAUUUUUACAGUAAACUAUUUUACAAGGAGACGGCAGACAAAGCGGCAGAACAGCUGACAGCAUCGAGUGUCUGUACAGAGCCCAGCAUUGAACCUCAGCCUUGGACCUUAAAUAACUCUGAGUCUAUCCUGGCCCCAUCUGACUCCUUACCCCUUGAACCCUUACCCGCCUUCUCACAAACAUUUGUUACUUCCCAGGAUCCAGAGACGUCCUCAUUACAGUUCCCUCAAGAGAUGCGUCUGAAGAAAGCUAUUCACUUAAAGAAGUUAAACUUUCUCAGGUCUCAGAAGGCGGCAGAGGAAUCUUCUGAACCGAUAGGGGUCCUACACAAAGCUGUAGAGGAGACCACCUUCCCAAAUGUGGAGCUGGAGAGUACGGAGAAGAACUUUUUAGAAAAAGAAGCAGACGAGGAAAUGCUGGACACCGUGGAACAAAAUAUUGAGGCAGAAAGAGAGGAAAGUCCUAACCUGGAAGAUCAGAGUGCUCCUGCCCCCAAGCAUUGCUCCUGUAAUGUGUGCGGGAAGAGGUUCAAGCACCCCAGUAAUCUCGAGCUGCACAAACGUUCUCAUACAGGUGAGAAGCCCUUUGAAUGUAGUGUCUGUGGAAAGCACUUCUCGCAGGCUGGCAACCUGCAGACCCACUUACGACGGCACUCAGGUGAAAAGCCUUAUAUAUGUGAGAUUUGUGGUAAGAGAUUUGCCGUUUCUGGCGACGUCCAGCGGCAUAUUGUCAUUCACACAGGAGAGAAGCCUCACUUAUGUGACAUCUGUGGACGAGGUUUUAGUAACAUCAGCAACUUAAAGGAACACGAGAAGACACAUGCAGCUGAUAAAUUCUACACCUGCGAUGACUGCGGCAAAUCAUUCAACAUGCCCCGGAAGCUAAUAAAGCACAGGAUUCGGCACACCGGAGAGAGACCAUACAGCUGCCUGACGUGUGGGAAAAAGUUUGCAGGGUCAGGAGAUCUGCGCAGGCAUGUGAGAUCCCAUACGGGGGAGAAGCCAUACACCUGUGAUGUGUGUAACAAAAGUUUCUCUCGCUCUGCUGUCCUUAGACGCCAUAAAAAUAUGCAUUGUAAGCCUACAGAAGACGGGCAGAUCACUCCUGAAGAGUUCCCAAAUACUGCAGAAUCUUCAGAGAAAUCCCAGAAUUCUGCUCCAUUGACUCCUAACAUUCCAGAUGCUUUCAUGCAAGAGCAAGGGCCUUCAGUGGAAAAUGCCCAAAGUGACUACAGGGGAAACAGUGACAACUAUUGCAGAUUGCAGACCGUGAUUCAGCAAGAUGAACUUACAGCACAGGAGAAGAGAAACGCUGAGUGCACAAAGGUGCCGAAGCCUCACUCAGCAGAAACAGCGAACACCUAUACAUUUACAGAGGUGGAGGUGACGGUCACAGAAGAGAGUUUACACUCGGAUAUAUCAAUGAUACGCUCCUCUUUAGUCACUUUGGAGAAUAACUGUAAUGAACCUGUGAAUAACCGAGCAUCUUCUAAUGGAUACAGAGGCUCCGACGGCCCCUUCUUUUCUAGUAUGAGCCUUUGGGGACUCGCUAUGAAGACCCUGCAAAACGAGAAUGACCUGGAUCAGUGAUUCCUACCCCUUAUUCGAUUGCUAUGGACUACUCCACUCCAUACACAUGUCUAAGUUAUUAAAUAAUAAUACAGAUGUUAGAGGGGUAGUCCAGGAAACUGAACUUAUGAGACACCUCUCCAGCUGUCACCUGCGCUCGUUCAGGAAGAUGGGGGCCGGAGCCCACCAAGAACACAUAAGUAGAAGGGGCCCUAUACCGGACAUGGCGGGGGUUCCCAGCGGAUAGACCCCGCGAGCUGUGAUUAGGGAAUAAGUGUCUAAUAACUUCAGUUCCUAGGGGUACUCCAGUGAAAAACAUUAUUUUUAAACCAUCUGGCUCCAGAAAGUUAUACAGAUUU